UUUUUAAUAAUAAUGCAAAACAGAUCAAUCUCGCAAGUCGCAACGAUGGCGACGAGCUCUUCCACCGAGAAACUGCCACGUGUCCUCAUCGUCAAACGUCCCGACGCCAUGGCUGUGUUAGGCGACGGAUUCGUCGCCUCCACCAAGUUCGAGAUCCUCAAAGCCUUCGAGUCUCCGCUUCCUCUUCCUGAAUUCUUGGCCUAUCACUCUGACUCCAUCUCCGCCAUUAUAGCCCCUGUAGCUGCUCCGGUCACAGCCGAUCUGAUUCGCAUCCUCCCUAAUCUUCGCUUGGUUGUUACUACCAGCGCCGGCGUUGACCAUGUUGACUUAGUUGAGUGUCGUCGUCGAGGCAUCUCCGUCGCCAACGCUGGCUCAAGCUUCUCGGAAGAUGUCGCAGAUACUGCCGUCGGUUUACUCAUCGACGUCUUCCGCCGCAUCUCCGCCGCCAAUCGGUUCGUUAAGCAACGGUUUUGGCCACUCAAAGGCGAUUAUCCUCUCGGUUCCAAGUUGGGGAGAAAGCGAAUCGGAAUCGUGGGACUAGGAAGCAUUGGCUCGAAAGUAGCGACAAGGCUCGACGCCUUUGGUUGCCAAAUUUCAUAUAGCUCAAGAAACAGAAAACCAUAUGAUGUUCCAUAUCACUAUUACAUGGAUAUAGAGGAGAUGGCAGCUAAUAGUGAUGCACUCAUAAUCUGUUGUGAAUUGAAUGAGAAGACAUUGCGUUUGAUUAAUAAAGAUGUUCUUUCUGCUCUGGGAAAGCGAGGAGUGAUCGUUAACGUGGCUCGUGGGGCUAUAAUCGAUGAGGAAGAAAUGGUGAGAUGUUUGAGAGAAGGUGAGAUUGGUGGUGCUGGUUUGGAUGUUUUUGAAGAUGAGCCUAAUGUUCCGAAGGAGCUUUUUGAAUUGGAUAAUGUUGUUUUCUCUCCACAUAGUGCUUUUAUGACAUUGGAAGGUCUUGAAGAACUUGGGAAAGUUGUAGUAGGGAAUAUUGAAGCUUUCUUCUCCAAUAAACCUCUUUUAACUCCUGUUCUUUGAUGGGUCUCAUCGCCAAGGUUAAGCUGGGAAAGUUUGAGUCCUACAUUUGGGUUGUUUUUUUCGCUCUUUCAUGGCAGUUGUAUGAUUGAUUUACAUAGUUUCAGUGUUUCGAACGAUUGCUUUUCUUAUGUGCAUAGGCAAAUUUUAACGUGUUAUUUUGAUAGGUGACAUUCU